GGGUUUCCAAAAUGCAUGCUGAGAAAGACUCAUUCCAUUAGAUGUUUAGCGAAGAAAAAGCUUCUCCAGGCAAAUUCUGUUCCGAAAAGCUCUUUUCUUCACCUGCUGCUUGACUCCCGACACUCAUGAACAUAUUCUAGGCUUGGCUAAGGAUGAGAAGCACUAAAAAGAAACCUAUUUACCUUUGUUUCCCAUUAGCUUGCUAUGGAUAGCUUCCCUUAAAACUCAGCAGAACAGAUAUUUCUCAAAGGCAAACUAUGAAACACUGCAGUCGGUGAUAAAAAUUCAUGGGUAGGUUCUAAGCUGACCUGGAGCUCGAGGAGGUGGAGGACUUCCUUGGGGAGCUGAUGACCAACGAGUUUGAUACGGUCGUGGAGGAUGGCAGCCUGCCCCAGGUGAGCCAGCAGCUGCAGACCUUGUUCUGCCACUUCCAGCGGGGCGACGGGGCUGCCUUGAAGGAGAUGGCCUCCUACAUCGCACAGAAAAAGUGCAAGGUCACGGCCACCGCCGUUAGCGCCCCCAAAGAAGCUGAUGAGAUUGAAGCCGAUGUGGACAGUGUGGAAGAGAUGGAGGUCACGGCGACAAGUGACGCAGGUGUUCCUGGAGAGGCUCGCCCCCAGCCUGAACGCACUGAUCCAAGUGUGCCCACCAUUAAGGAAGAGGACAUAGUGGAAGAUGGCUGGACCAUUGUCCGAAGAAAGAAAUGAGCAGGGCUGAAGCUGGUUUGGGCCCUUGAUUUGCUAAGUGUUUUUGAGACUUCCUUAUGUGUGUGUGGGGAGGGUUGUGGAGGGUUUUUGACUGCUGGACUGGCUACCCUUUCCCCAGCCUCUCCUUCAUUCCCCUGUCCAGUUCGCUCCAGGUCCCCGUGGGUGAUAGGACCCAGCCAACCACAUCCCCUCAGGCCUUAAGUUACCUUCUGCGUCUGGAGGCCCCAUUUCCCAGCAUAGUGCCUCGCCGGUGAAGGCAGUGUAGAGGGGAGGGCGUGAAUGAGUGUAGUGUGGCUGGAGCAGAAGCUUGAGCUUGCCCCUGGGCAGGUGGAUUUAUGAAGAGCAAGGACCAGAAAGAGAACUGGGACUUGGCACUGAGGGCCUGGCUGGACCAGGAAGGGGGAGGUGAACAUGUAAGAGUUGCACAUGACAAUAGCUGCAAUGCACGUAGUGUGGCCCGCUCUCCCCUCGCCUUCCUCAGCCUCUCCCCAGCAGCUGUGUACCCUUGCCCAGCACCCCGCGCCUCCCGGCAGUGCUCCCUUUCUGUAGCCCAGCUUCCCAGCUGGGGUUUCUUUGGGGAUGCCAAGGCCUUGGCUAAGUGGGGAGCUUGGGAGCUUGGGGCUUUGUUUGCUCUCUCCUCCAACUUCUUUCUCCGUGCUCAUGCAUCCCAUUGAAGUCCAGGGAUGUGGCCUAGGAACUUAAUAAACGCUAGCUUAUU